AUGAGCUGCACAGGGCCAGCAGUGGGAUUUGCCCUCAGCCCUGUUCUCCCCACCCCUCCAGGCCUGUCUGGGAACCCCACGGACCUGGAGAAGCGGCGCCAGGCCUUUGGGCAGAACUUCAUCCCCCCCAAGAAGGCCAAGACGUUCCUGCAGCUGGUGUGGGAGGCGCUGCAGGACGUGACGCUGAUCAUCCUGGAGAUCGCCGCCAUCGUCUCGCUGGGGCUGUCCUUCUACCACCCCCCGGGCGGGGACAACGAGCAAGAUUCCUGGGGUGGAAUCAUUUCCCUUUUCCUGGUCCUGCAGGUGGAGCAGGAGCAGCUGGACAAGAUCUGGCCCAAGCUGCGGGUGCUGGCGCGCUCCUCGCCCACGGACAAGCACACCCUGGUGAAAGGAAUCAUCGACAGCACCGUGGGUGACCAGAGGCAGGUGGUGGCUGUGACAGGGGACGGCACCAACGAUGGCCCAGCCCUGAAGAAAGCAGAUGUUGGGUUUGCCAUGGGCAUCGCGGGCACGGACGUGGCCAAGGAGGCCUCGGACAUCAUCCUGACCGACGACAACUUCACCAGCAUCGUCAAGGCCGUCAUGUGGGGCCGCAACGUCUACGACAGCAUCUCCAAGUUCCUGCAGUUCCAGCUCACCGUCAACGUGGUGGCCGUCAUCGUGGCCUUCACCGGGGCCUGCAUCACCCAGGUGAGCUCAGCUGGGCACGUGGGACAUGGGUGGGUAUGAUAUGGUGGUGGCAUC